AGCGCCAACAUGAAAUGACGCCUCUAUUACCAACGCACGUGCAAUAUGAUGUCGUAUAAAAAGCAGUGUAAAUUAUCUAAAUUGUUCAAUGAUUAAUCAAUGAAAAUAUUGUUAACAAUGCUAAUCAGUAUUCAAAAGUGAAUAUUCAACAAUAAAAACUUUAAUUCAGUUGUGAAUGAAAUUAAUGCAUGUUGUAUACAUUCGAGAUACUACUGUAUACGGAAGCAAAUAAGAUUUGUAAUUGUUAAAGAUUUUGAAAAAUAAUGGAGUGUUUAGUGGCAAAUGUAGAUAACAUGCGAUUUGAUAUUGAAAUUGCUCUUGAUGAACAGUAUGGAGCACUUCCUUUACCUUUUACUGGAAUGGACAAAUCCACUGCUGCAGUAUGUCAAUUUUAUCCAAGAGGUACUUGUGUUAAAGGUGCUUCUUGUCCAUUUAGACAUGUAAGAGGAGAUCGUACAAUUGUAUGUAAACAUUGGUUAAGAGGUCUUUGUAAAAAAGGUGAUCAGUGUGAAUUUUUACAUGAAUAUGAUAUGACAAAAAUGCCAGAAUGUUAUUUCUAUUCUAGAUUUAAUGCUUGUCACAAUAAAGAAUGUCCAUUCCUACAUAUUGACCCAGAAACUAAAGUCAGAGAUUGUCCCUGGUAUGAUCGUGGAUUUUGUAGACAUGGACCAUUAUGCAGACAUCGACAUGUUCGUCGUGUUUUAUGCAUGGCAUAUUUAGCUGGAUUUUGUCCUGAAGGUCCAAAUUGUAAAUUUAUGCACCCAAGAUUUGAAUUACCAGCAGUGCAAGAUAUGCAACCUAAAGAAGGUAAAAAAGUAAUGAUCACUUGUCAUUUUUGUGGAGAAGGUGGUCACAAAGCAAUUUAUUGUAAUAAAAUGCCACCUGAUGUACGUGAAGCUCAAGUUAGACAAGAGAUAGAAGGUAAUUCUCAUGCUACACAUCACAUGAAUAUCCAUAAUGGACCUCCACCAAGAGGACCACAAAAGCCACUUGAAGAAGUCACUUGUUAUAAAUGUGGAACUAAAGGUCAUUAUGCCAAUAAAUGUCCAAAAGGUCAUUUAGCAUUUUUGAGUCAUGCUGGGGGUAGUGGAAGUGGUACUCAAAAUCAAAAUUAUCGUAGAUGAUUUCAUUUAUUUUAUUUAUAUAAAAUCAAUAUUGUGAUUCUAUUUUAAUUUAGUAUAAUCAUUCAUCUGUAAAAAUUUCUAUAUCAUAUAGUAAAAUAAGUUUAAUAUAACUACUUUUAUAUUAAUUCAUGAUACCAACAUCUCCGAGAAAUAAAGCAACUGUUUAUAAGAA